ACUACUUGAUUAUUUGAAAAAUCGAUAUAACUUAUACUUUACUUUAAAAGAAGCAAGACUGAUGAAGUCAACGUACUCGGCGUUUGAAAAAAGAUCAAAGAAUUAAAGUUAGGAGUGUCCGUGCGGCGUCAGUGUCAGUGGUGCGAUGUCGGCGAUGGUGAUGGAGGCGGCCGAAUGCAGCUCUACAGAUGCACCGACACGUAGGGAAUAACGGUUGAAGAGAGGGGGUGGUGCGGUGGUGGUGAACGCGCACACCACUCGCACUCCGCACUCCGCAGGGCCCACUUGUUCGCCAACUACGUCCUACGUCGGCCUGUCACUCGCGAGCGCGUUGCCGGUGCGGCAACAUCGAGUGCGUCCACCUUCGGAGCUCGACUGGCCGCGCUCACGAUCCCCCCCGGGUUCGUUCCACUCGAGAGAAUCGCCGGGAAUCCGCCACGAUACCGAGGGACGUGAAAAAAAAAGAACGAUCGGUUCGUUCCUUGGAUCGUCCGGAGAUCCAAGAGUGGUAAAUUAAAGAGUGGUGGAGAACGCGCAGUUUUCUCAUUAACGUUAAAGAGUGCACGUGACAAUCAUAUCGGUCGGGGAGGAACAUGUUUUGAGAGUCAUCCCCUUCGUCGUGUGUCGUUUCUUCAUCUGGUGAUUGCGAAGACAAAGAAAAACCCGAGAAUGGCGAAUGAGACGUUGACGCGCGAGAUGGACGCGCACAUCGUCACUAUCCUGUCGAGGCUGUCGGCCCUCCGGGAGAACAAUGCCGACGAGAGGGAAAGAAAGGCGCCCAUGUCCAUCGAGGCUCGCAGUUUGGAGCUGUGGCGAGCGGUGGCCGUCGAAUGUCUGGCCACUUUCUUCUUCAGCCUCGUGGUGGCCGGCGCGGCCGCCGCCUCCUCCGUAUCCGGAAGCGGCCUCUCCGCGCUAGCCACCGCUGUAGCUUCCGGCUUCGCCAUCGCCGCGAUCUCCCUCAUCUUCGGCCACAUCAGCGGUGGACACGUGAAUCCGGCGGUCUCGGUAUCGUUUGCUUUGUGCAGACGGAUUUCCCCACUUCGCGCGGUGCUGUACAUCGCGGCACAAUGCGGUGGCGGCAUAGCUGGGGCGGCGAUGCUUUAUGGAGUAACUAUACCUUCGAAUACGCAGACCCUGCUGUCCCACGGUCGGCUAGUUGGUGCAAUCGAGAGGCUUUUGAUCGAGAUAGCACUAUCGGUGCUUAUCGUGCUAGCCCAUUUCGCGGUGGACUCACCUAGAUCAUUGCCACCUACGAUUUCUUCGAAAGCCUCCGCAGUUUUGGCCGCGGCCUAUACAGCAGCUACUCUCGUUUUCAGUCCUUUUCUGAACCCAGCGCGCGCGUUGGGUCCGGCCUUCGUAAUGAACCGCUGGGACAACCACUGGGUCUACUGGGUGGGCCCGCUGUCGGGAGGUGCUGUGGCGGCUUUGCUGCACGAAUACGUCCUGAGUCCCAGACGCACCAAGGACUCGCGCGAUAUUGACGACGGCGACAACUCGUCCAUGAGGUCCGACGAGGACACGUACGACGACCUCGACAAGCCGAACGGGCCCAAAUUCCCCGGCGCGUACGCGACCUAUCGCCCGGUCGCCGGCGCGUCCUCGUCGAUCUACAGCGCGCCGCCGUCCGCGUUGGAGCGCGUCGAGUCGAUCUACGGUGGCACCAAGUCGCUCUACUGCAAAUCGCCGCCGUUGACGCGCGCAAAUCUGAACCGCUCGCAGAGCGUUUACGCGAAGUCGACGUCGGGGCCGCGAGACGGCCUGAUGAUCCCGAAGCCGGGCCCGCUGGUGCCAGCGCAGAGCCUGUAUCCCAUUAGACUGGGUCAGAACGGCUGUCAAAACGGUAACCGCGAGGUAACCCAGCCCGGACCCGGACUCGGCGGUCCGCCGAACCAGUCGACGCAAAAUCACAACAGCACCAACCAGAACAUGCAGAAUCAGCUGCAGCAAUGUACGCAGAGCAUCUACGGCAUCCGCGGGAUCUCCACGGGUCUCAGCACCCGGGAGAACGGUAUCUACGGAGUAUCCACGGGAUCCACCAUCUACGGUCGCGCGCCGGCACCACCGCCGGGCAGCCAAAACUCGCAGCAAUCCGGUCAGAGCGGUCAGUCUUCGAUACAGAAUCAUCCGCCGCCACAGCCGCCGUCGCAGCAACAGCAGCAGCAGCAGCAGCAGCAGCAGCAACAACAGCAGCAGCAGCCACAUCAAAAUGGGCCGUUAUCAAGCAACUCGGAUAACGGAGCGAAUCCCAGGCGGCCCGAGAGCAUGUACGGCCACGUGUCGAGACGCAGUGACGACUCCGCGUACGGCAGUUAUCAGAGUUCCACGCGGGGAAAUUACGGCAAAGUGACUGGACCCCCGGGCCCGCCCAACGGGCCGCCGCAGUACCGCGAUCAGGGAAGACCGAGUCCAGCCGGGCCUCUUCAGCAAAGUCAGAGCGCGCAGAGUAACUUCCAAAGAAACUCGCCGAAUCCUCAGUAUUGACUAUAAACUAAUGAUAGACCGAACAAAGCCGUGAUCUGUGCGAUCAGCGAAUCAUAUAUCUCGCCUAUAUAUACUGACGACACAGCUUCUCGGUGAACGUUCUAGAAAUUUCGUGGUCCAGUAAGAAUGUCCUUCACUUAGAAUAUGAAUACAUCUCGUCCUGAUACGUCAAAAGAUAUUAUAUAUUCGCAAUGGCAAGCUCUAUAUAAAAUUCAGUUUUGUAUAAUUUUGAGAAUUUUGUUUCGUUCUGUUGAACACGGAAAUAAUAUGAUUGGACCAAUCAUUAAUUCGUAUUACUAAAUCUUGGAAUUUGUAAAUAUGUAUCACAGUAAUGUACACAUACACUGUGCUUUCUACAUGAUGCGUGUUGGGAGGAAAAGAGUCGCGCGAUUUGAUCGAGGAACUUUUCUAUCGAUGUUUUGUAAUAUUAGAUUAACGUUAAAUUAUAACGAGAGUAAACAAAACGUAGAAGUAACGAAAUCAAGAAACACGCCGAAAGUAUAUAUAGAAGUAUCGUUUUCGAUAAAUCUAGCAUAACAAUCAAAGAAUUUUUAGCUACGUGAAAGAUUAGAUCGAUCUUCGAGCCGACUCGUUACGCCUCUAUAUGUAAAUAUAAAUAUUUUAAUUUAAUUUACUCUUAUAUAAGAAUAUUAAUUCUACAGAUUUGGCUGCCAUGCCAAACCCUUGCGAGGAAGCGGUGCACUGACUUCUCGAUUACGAAAGCUUUACUCGCAGGAUGUUUUUACACAAUCACGGAACCAAAUAAAAAAGCCGGAAAUCCUAUAUAGAUAUUACUCUUUUUCAUGUAUAGAAUUAAAAUGCAUAACUUUAUCGCAUCACGUAAAUUAAUAUAUUUGUAUAUAUAAUUACUACAGUGGCACACUUGGCAAUGAUCGAACGCAUAAUGGAUAGCCACUAUAGUGAUUUUAUAGCGAAACAGUUAAAUCGCACAUAGAACAUAUCCCAACAAUUUUAGAGAUAAUCUAAGUAAUUAGAAAAUCUGUAAAUAGUUCCUAGUUAUAUAAAAAAAUGUAACUCUUCCAUUUCUUCGCCAUUCGUGAGAACAAUGUCAUAAUUGUUCGUCUCUCCAAAAUAUCUUAGUUUUUCACUGACAGUAUUUUAGCAUUUACGGGAUAUAUUAGAUUAAAGACGCUAUUUGUGAUCUGAAUUCAGACUUGUUUAUUUUAAUGAUCAAGCACCUACGAUUAAAUUUACGAUUUAUAUAGUUGUACAUAGAAUAUUAUAGAUUUAAAAAUACGCAUCUCAAUGUUUGUAUUGUAGCAAAAUCGAGGAUCAAGUGAAUCCUUUGAGAAAAGAAAUGAAAGUGCGUCUCUAUUCCUUUUUAGACAAUAUAAGAUCGCUGGGCAUUUUACAGAAUUUGAAAGAUUAAUCUUAUGCUUCUUAAUCGCGCAAGCUUCUCUUCGUGCAAAUUAAUUAAUGUAAUUUGAAGUAGAUUUUACGUUUGAUUUAAUCCCUGCUUUGAAUUUGAAUAAAGAUAAAUGUUUGUGAACCAUACAGAUGUUAAUUGGCGUACGUCAAUUAGAUAAUUAUGAAAUUUAUGUAUAAUUAUAUAAAUCCGAUUAAGAUUUAGGUUUAGCCUCUAUCAAAUUUUUUCAACAAAUGUUUCUCAAAGAGCGAUCGCGCUAGCACAUAUGAAUUAUAAUACUCAUUUUAGAAGUUUCUUACGACAGAUCAGCUAGGAUAAUAUGAAUCAUUUAUACCGCUGCAUUAAUCGUAUUUUGCACCCUCACUUGUGCUAUUUAACCAAUGAAUAGUAGAAGUUUUAUAAAAAGACAAAGUUAAUAAUGCAAAUAUUAAAUGCAGAAUACUGUACCAUAGUAGAUAAGCAAGAGAAGUAGAUAGGACAUCCUCCUUAAACGCCAUAAAAAUUACACUAUAAGCAUUUGUACAUAUUAUGUGUAUUUAUUAAUCUACUAUAUCAACGUAGUCAAUGUAAGUUUAAUAACUGUUACGCGUUCGUAUACGUGCGUACACAUUUCUAAUAUAUACAUAUUAUAUGAGCAAACAUUAGUACAUAUAUAUAAUGUAGUAUAUAUUAGAAAAU